AUGGGAGUUCCAGCAUUCUUUCGUACACUUUCCCGAAAAUAUCCACUAAUCAUUUCUAACUGUAUUGAGCCACAUGAAACAAAUGGACACUACUUACCAAACGCUUCUCUUCCAAACCCCAAUACAAUUGGCGAUAGAGAAUUUGACUGUUUAUACUUGGAUAUGAAUGGUUUAAUCCAUCCAUGUUUUCAUCCAGAAGGUCUCCCACCGCCAAAAUCUGAAGCAGAAGUAUUACAAAACAUCGAAAACUACAUCGAACGUCUUUUUAUGAUUGUUCGCCCGCGCCAAAUCUUAUUCAUGGCAAUUGAUGGACCAGCACCACGUGCUAAAAUGAACCAACAGCGUAAGCGUAGAUUUUUCGCCGCAAAACAAGCAGCACACGACAGAUGGAUCAAAUACUGGAAAGCGCAGAAGAGCGGAGAAACAGAGUUAGCAGCAGAACUUUACAAUCCAGACUAUCUCAAAAAUCACGAUUCAAACGUAAUUACUCCAGGAACUCUAUUUUUCGAAAGAUUAUCAAAACAUUUACACGGAUUCAUACAAAGAAAGCAAGAAACUGAUCCUGCAUGGGGUAAAAUCUGCGUUAUACUCAGUGACGCAUCAGUUCCUGGCGAAGGAGAGCAUAAAAUUAUGGAUUUCGUAAGAGCACAGAGAUUGGAGCCACAAUACGAUUCAAACAGACACCACGUCAUCUACGGCCUUGAUGCUGAUAUCAUUUUCCUUGGAUUGGCAUCGCAUGAACCAUAUUGGACAAUUCUCAGAGAAAGAAUCAACGAAGCAAAGGAUCUUCCUCGCCAGAACUCACAACAAAAGAAAGCUACUGAAGAAGACGAGAAAAUGGCUUUACACCAUCAGAUCUUUGAUGCUCCUGAAGAAAAAGAAAAAGUUGAUUUAAUUGGUCCGAAGCAUUUCGACUUCGUAUCGCUUUGGAUCCUUCGCCAAUAUUUAGAACGUGACUUGAAACCACGUAAUUUACCACCAAAUUUACCAUGGGACCUCGAAAGAGCCAUUGAUGAUUUUAUUUUCAUUUGUUACGGCUGCGGCAACGAUUUUAUCCCUACCCUUCCUGGAUUUUCCAUCGCGGAGGGCACAGUUUCGGAUAUUAUUUGUUUAUACAAAAACAAUUUACCGAGAUAUAACGCAUAUCUCACUUACAACGGCCAAGUCGACUUCCCACGCUUCAAGGACUUCAUGAAAUUAAUUUGUGAUGAAAGAAGAACAGGAGAAUAUGUCUUUGAGCGCAAUUCUCUUUUACAUAUUUUAUGUCCUGAGCAAAGAUCCGAAGAAAUUGAGAAACAAGUGAACAAAAUAUCACAGGCACCUGAUCCGGAUAUAGAUCAAGAGCCUCCAACAGAAGCAGAAGAAAAGAAAGAAGAAAGAAAAACGAAAAACAUUGUUCCCCACGUUUACGAAGGAAUUAAAGUCACAGAAGAAACAGAUCUUGCCCAAUUAAAGCGAGUUUACUACAAACAGAAGUUCCAUGCUGAAACAAAAGAAGAAAUUGCCAAAAUUGUUACAGAAUUCACUCGCGGCAUGAUUUGGACCCUUAAUUAUUAUCUCCAUGGCACACAUAACUGGGAUUGGUCCUAUCCAUACCAUUCCGCUCCUUGUUCUUCCGAUUGGGAUUUGGUCGAUGUAAAUCCCGCCACUUACCAGUUCGACAGAGGCUGUCCUUUCCUUCCUCUAUGGCAACUGAUGGCUGUUCUGCCUCCACAAUCCGCUCACGCCCUUCCAGAAAAAAUGCAAUUUCUUAUGACAAACGAAAAGUCACCAAUUAAGGACUUUUACCCUACCACAUUUUCCAUAGACCUCGAAGGAGCAAAGCAGGCCUACAAAGGCCACGUUUUAGUUCCAUUUAUUGGAGAAGCAAACACAGACUGGGACAAAAGGAUCUCGGAUGUCAUGAAAGGAACAGAUCUCCGCCUAACUUAUGAAGAGGAACAGAGAAACCAGUUUAGUCCCACUUACAUUUUCCUGGAUGAUGAGAAAGCUCCGGGAGGAAAGCCUCCGAUCACCAGGGAAAGCCCAAUAAUACCAAUGAACUACCCUGUAGUUGGUAGAUUGACGUGGACAAGAGACGUAGAUGACCACGAUGGAACAUCUCAUGCUUAUAUCUUCGAUCUCAAGACUCCUGAUUACCGAAGAGACUUCUCAUGGAUGAGACGUGAUGUUAUACCGCCUCCUUACGCUAUUGAAGGCAAAAUGGGAAGAGCGGAUGGAACAGAUCACGAAUCAUUCUUCGACAGAGGAGCAAUUGACUUCGAAAGUAUUAGAGCUGAGUCAGAAAUGCCUCUCCAAAUGCCUGGCGUUCCUCAGGGACAGGAUUACUUGUAUAGAGAAAGAAUGAUCGAGAAAAUCGAGUCAGAAAGAAGAAUGUUUGGUGGAAACCGUUAG